CUAGCAGAACUAGUUCCUGCUGGGUCUGGGUCGCCAUCACCGCACAGGUUCUGUCGCCCCAUGACACGCCUGUGAGGCAGCCCGCCGCCGACGUCUCCUCGGGAUGGAGCACAUCCGUACGACCAAGGUUGAGCAAGUGAAAUUACUUGACCGAUUCAGUACCAACAACAAGUCAUUAACAGGAACACUGUAUCUUACAGCCACACAUCUUUUAUUUAUAGACUCUCAUCAGAAAGAAACCUGGAUAUUGCAUCACCAUAUUGCCUCCGUGGAGAAACUGGCCUUGACGACUUCUGGAUGCCCACUUGUGAUUCAGUGCAAGAACUUCAGGAUUGUGCAUUUCAUAGUUCCCAGAGAAAGAGAUUGCCAUGAUAUUUACAACUCUUUACUACAACUGUCAAAACAAGCAAAAUAUGAAGAUCUCUAUGCAUUCUCUUACAAUCCCAAACAAAAUGAUUCGGAACGACUGCGCGGUUGGCAGCUUAUUGAUCUUGCUGAGGAAUAUAAGAGGAUGGGCGUGCCAAAUUCAAACUGGCAGUUGUCUGAUGCCAACCGAGAAUACAAGAUUUGUGAAACUUACCCGAGAGAACUUUAUGUUCCCCGAAUAGCAAGCAAACCAAUAAUUGUUGGUAGUUCUAAGUUUCGGAGCAAGGGAAGAUUUCCAGUUCUUUCCUACUAUCAUCACAAUAAGGAGGCUGCCAUUUGCCGAUGUAGCCAACCACUGUCAGGAUUCAGUGCCAGGUGCCUGGAAGAUGAACAUUUGCUUCAAGCCAUUAGUAAAGCCAAUCCAGCCAAUCACUAUAUGUAUGUCGUGGAUACCAGGCCCAAACAUCGUGUGCAGAACUGGUGGGCUACACAAAAGGACAUUGGCAGAAUUAUAGUGAGGAUUUCUUCAAAAAUCUGGAAUGAUGAAAAAAUAAGAGAAAGCGAUGAGAAAAAGCGACUGAAUGCUAUGGCCAACAGAGCAGCUGGAAAAGGUUACGAAAAUGAAGACAACUAUUCUAAUAUUAGAUUUCAAUUUGUUGGAAUUGAAAAUAUUCAUGUCAUGCGGUCCAGCCUUCAGAAGUUAUUGGAAGUUAAUGGUACCAAAGGGCUUUCCGUCAGUGAUUUCUACUCUGGUUUGGAGAGCUCAGGAUGGCUUCGCCAUAUCAAAGCUGUCAUGGAUGCUGCAAUCUUCUUGGCUAAAGCAAUAAUGAUUGAAAAUGCAAGUGUGUUGGUACAUUGUUCUGAUGGCUGGGAUAGGACUUCCCAGGUUUGUUCCCUUGGCUCUCUUUUAUUGGAUUCCUACUACAGGACAAUCAAAGGAUUCAUGGUUUUAAUAGAAAAGGAUUGGAUCUCCUUUGGACAUAAAUUUUCAGAGAGGUGUGGCCAUUUGGAUGGUGACCCAAAGGAAGUCUCACCGGUGUUUACUCAGUUCUUGGAAUGUGUAUGGCAUUUGACCGAACAGUUUCCACAAGACUUUGAAUUCAAUGAAGCGUUUCUUCUUCAGAUCCAUGAACAUAUUCAUUCAUGCCAAUUUGGAAACUUCCUUGGAAAUUGUCAGAAGGAAAGAGAAGAACUCAAGUUAAAGGAGAAGACUUACUCCCUCUGGCCGUUUCUUCUGGAUGACCAAACGAAGUACUUAAAUCCACUCUACAGUUCCAAAUCUCAGAAAUUUGCUGUUUUGGAGCCUAAUACAGUAUCUUUUAAUUUUAAGUUUUGGAGAAACAUGUACCACCAAUUUGAUCGAACAUUGCAUCCCAGGGAGUCGGUGUGUAACAUAAUUAUGAAUAUGAAUGAACAAAAUAAACAGUUAGAGAAAGACAUUAAAGACUUAGAAGCUAAAAUUAAUAAACGCAAAAAUGAACAAAUAGAUGGCGUUCUCACCAAGGAAUUAUUACAUCCAGUUCAUCCUGAGUCACCUAUCCUCAAAACCUCCCUAUGUUUUAAGGAGCAAAGUCUGCUACCUGUGACUGAUACUCUUCGAACUAUAGAGGGCAGCAACCCUACAGAUAAUCGGUACAGUGAAUAUGCUGAGGAAUUUUCCAAAUCCGAACCUGCUGUGGUCAGCUUGGAGUAUGGUGUGGCAAGAAUGACUUGUUAGACUCCUAGGGUGUUUUCUGGACUGGCUGUAGAAGUGCAUUAUUGUGAGGAUGAUGUGUGUGUGACCCAGAGGAAUUUGUCUAAUAAUGAUCUUAGAGUUUAAUAGAAGGUUAAUAGUUGAAGGAAGGAAAAUAACUGCUCUUGUGAGAGAAGUCAGUGUAACUGCAUUUCUAACAAGGAAUGACUUUCAGUUCUUUAAGAAACAAGUGAUAUUGACAGAUGUGUUCAAAACACAAUUUGUACUGCAUACUAGCAAAAUGACAUUUCUGUAUGAUUUAUAUGUUAAUUACAGCCAAACAUGAAUAGCCUUACUUAAGUAUAAUUUAAUUGCCAUUAAACAAAACUUGACAGACAGUCCCUUAAUACAUGACAUAGCAUGUUCUUUCGAUUAUAUAACUAUGAAACUAUGAAUAUUUACAUGUUUUAUGUAUAGUGAUGUUUAACAUUGAAGUGCCAUGAAAAGUAUUUCUAAGAAAGCCUUAAAAUCUCAGUUUAUUCUUUACUCUGAGGUUUUAUAGCCUAGAGCAGAAAUUUUUGUUUGGUUUUCUGUCAGCCUUGUUUUAUCUGUGAAGAGUGUGCGCAUUGCUGCAGGCCUGGCAUGCUCCAGUACUCCUGCAGCACACCUGCACAGGUCACCGUGAAGAGUGUGCGCAUUGCUGCAGGCCUGGCAUGCUCUAGUACUCCUGCAGCACACCUGCACAGGUCACCGUGAAGAGUGUACGUGUUGCUGCAGGCCUGGCAUGCUCCAGUACUCCUGCAGCACACCUGCAUAGGUGCACUGUUAAGUUCAUGUUCAGCUCGUCCCGCCUCCAAGGUCAAGAUGAAUGAAACCACAGUUUUUAUUCUGAUUACAAUUUUGCUUAGUACUACAUUUGAUGACUUAUUAUUUACAACAUAGGUUAUUGAUUUUUUGAAUAUGUAUUAAGCACAUUUGACUGUCUUUCCUGUAUGGAUUAAUGCAUUCUAUUGAUUCUUAUUUUGUGGUUGGCUUUAUUCCUUUGAUAACUGUAAUUUUAAAAAUAUAGUUCUAAAACUGUUCUUAGAGCAGAAUAAUACAUAUAUAUUUUUAAGUGUUUUAUCUCUCAGUGAGUUACUAUACUACUCUUCCUAGAAUAUUUUACUUUCAGUUUAUCUGCACAUUUUUGGAUAAAAACAAAAGGGAAAUACAGAUAUAUUUUGCUUGUCAUAUGAAUCUUAAAGCAGUCAUUUCUGUAUGGAAUAUUAUUUUCUGUUAAUAUGUAAGAAAAAAAGGAAAAUGAAGGAUAGCCUAAUACAAAGUUAGUAUUUAACAAAAACAUCUUCAAUGCUGGGAAGAGUUUUAUUUUGCCAAGUUAAAAAAAAAAGAGAGAGAGACCCACAAACACAUAGGGCCUGGAUGCCCGAGGUCAGGACUGUCUGAGCCAGCUGACUUUAAAAUGGAAAAUUCAAGUAGCAUGGUGGCACGAGGUACAAUUCAAGGGUACAAAGAAAUCUGCAAAGGACUCUUCAUGCUUCGCUUUAUUAUACCUGUAUCUGUUAUUA